AUGACACAACAUCAUGUCCAUGGUCCGGAUCCUAGCUUGAUCGGCAACUUGGCGGCAUCAGCUGCGACGUCAGCAGUGAGGGCAGAGGCCACGGAGGCCGUAGCGCAAGCCAGAGAGGUGGCACAUGCCGUGGCGUCAGAUCUUAGAGUGUCUCAAGCAAGGGAGUCCUUUAUGGACUUGGAGCUUAGAAAUUUGAGAGCUCAAGUUGAAGCACUGCGGCACGAGAACACUGAGUUGAGAAGCUCAAGAAAUGCUGCUCUGGCUGCAGCGCCCGAUUCCGCAAGCGGUCAAAACCCCAAUAAUGGCUCGGAGUUGGAACAAAGGGUUCGAGAGAUGGAGUUGCAUAUUGUUUCGGGUAUCACCCCCAGGAUUGAUUAUUUGGAGCAAGUCGCUAUGAUGAUGGGGAACAUUGAAUCCAGCAUUAGCCAAAGGAUUACUCCUCAUUUGCAGAGCUUGGAAACCAGACUCUUACAAGUUCAACAGCAGUUGGAUCACCAUCAGACAUUCAUCCAAGAGUUGUGGGCAGGACAGCCGCAAGGGUCCGCGCAACCCAGGUUGCCGGUACCAGCUGCACCGGGAAACCCCUCUCAAACAGACAAUGUCAUGUCCCCAACUCAGUGUCAUACCCCAAUUCAUUUUAGGAUUGACACCCAAGAUGAUGGUAGUGAUAAUGAUCAGGAGGGUCAAUGGGAAAUGCCAGACGCUAUGAAUGAUUUGGAACGGAGGGCUUUAAGGACUAAAGACCUCCACCACCUCAAGCUACCCAACCUCCCAGAGACGGCUGCCCAAUAUCGAACUUGGCGAAACUCAGUCCGAACUGCAAUUGUUGCAUUUGACCAAAGCUUUGAAGGGUAUCUUGGCCCAUGGCUGUCAGAAGCCUUCACUGCGAGGGGGAAGGAUUCACUGAAAUUGGCGCAGGAUAGUGGGUCGUUUCCUCGAUUUGAUCGCAUCAUUGCAAGUAUUUUGUGUCGUCAGGAAACUUUAAAGACCAGCUUUGGCUUGAAAGUCCAGGCUUAUGUCGAGAAAUGUGAAGCCUCGGGGGAGAACAUCCGGGGCCGAUACAUCUUGAACCUGAUUGCCUCGGAGUACGAUACUAAUCAUGCAACCUCCUCUAUUACCACCAGUAUCGAGUUAUUUCAACUGCCCGCACCGCAUGAUACGUUUGCUGGACUUAAACUGUGGCAUGACAAGGUGACGUACAUUUUAUCACAGUUGUCCACAUCUCAACAACCGCCAGAUGACAUGUUGUCUCAAUGGGCGUAUGGGUCGUUGAAGAAACACAGCCUCAUGCGGCGAGUCAUUGAUCGGUACUUGGAAGUUCCAGCUUUUCGUACGUUUGAGUACUUGUGGGAAGGGGUUGAAUUGGCACUCAAAGAGUCCCAGUAUGACACAAAUGCGCAGAGUAUUCGUGAUGAUUUGCGUAAAGGUCCUACCACUUCACCCAAGAAACCGGACACCAAGGCAAUGCCAGCUAAUCCCAAAGGGAAAGGCACUGGUACCAAAGGUGCAACCAAAGGCGACAAGAAUCCCAAAGGGGGAUCAGCAGCAGCGCCAAAGGCGCAACCUAAGGCCAAGGCUAUUGCAGCCGCAGUGGCACUUUUGGCAGGGGCAGAUGCAGCUGCAGCUUCAUCCAUGGUUUCGGGUAAUCAAGGAUUCAUUGAGUUCAUUGGGGAUACGGGGGCUGGGGAAUGUCUUGGCUCUCCUGAAGCUCUUGCUCGUCAAGGAAUGGCAGCUUCCGCAUCUUCGGGGGGGGGGAUUCGAGCCUUAGAUGACCCCAAACCUGAUGUGCCAUUGGAAGCCGAAGACCCCGAAGAAGCAUGGGCUGAUGAAAGCAUUCCACUCAACCCAGUCAACCACUUGAUGACUCACCUGCCUAAAGAUAGGAGAUGUGAAGUUUGCGUCCAAGCAAAACUCUAUGAAACACCCCACCGACGUAGGGAAAAUCAAAGAGAAGCAAUCCGAGAUGCUAGGGAUGUUGAAGAACCCAGUGAAUACUUGGAAAAAGUUGCUUGUGACCAUAUCAUCUUGAGGAAUGAACCUGGUUUUAGAGGUGAAUGCUACAGCUUUGUAAUUGUUGACCGUUUCACGGGGUAUGCAGGGAUCUUUCCCUUGAAGUCCAAAACUGCAGAUGAAGUUGAAUCGUCCUUUCGCAAGUUUUGUGGGAGGAGAAGGCCAGGGAUUGUAAUAGUUGGGAGCGACCGCGCGCCAGAGAUCUUGGCGGCUAUCCGGGCACUUGGAUUCAACUCCGAGCCCAGUGCUCCUCGGCAAGCAAUUCAUAACCCUUUUGCUGAAAGCUUCAUCAGGACUCUGACGGGAAUGACCGCAUCGGUGUUGCUCCAAGCAGGGUUGAGUCAUGAAUAUUGGCCGCUGGCCCAUAAAUACCUUGAAUGGUCAUAUAGCAUCACUGCUAUUGCGAACAAAGAGAGUACCAAAACAUGCUUUGAAAAAGUCCAUGGAUAUGCAUUUGAAGGAUUCAAGGUUCCGUUUGGGGCUCUGGUUUGGAUCAAAUCUGAAGAUCAGAUGUCCUUUGAACCCAAAGGGGAAGGGGCUUUGUUCCUUGGGGCUGAAAUCACGGAUGGAAUGAAAUUCAAAGGUCUGUAUCUUACUUGGCCACUUCAAAACUUUCUGGAAAAGAGUUUCAAACAAAAGGUGGUCAGAACCUUAGCUGUGCCUCCAGGUCCUUGGCGGUUUCCAGCCAAAAUAGGCAAACCAAUUGAAAUCGAACAACCGGUUCAGCCAGGGUAUCUUGGGGAUAGCAAGGAUUCCAAUGUAGAACAAGAUAUUGACUGGUUCAUUGCUGAAGUAGAAGGUCUUGGGGAAGAAAUGAACAAGGCUUUUGGAGUAGACUCUGUCUACCCAGCGCCCGGCGCGGGGGAUGGGGGGGCUUCAAAGGCCAAAGCGAGUGAAACCCUUGCUCCUGAUUCGAAGAGUAAGGAAUCUUCCUCCAAGCCCCGCAGCAGAGCAAUCACCAAACUCAGGGUUGCAGUCCAUGGUCCAACCAAGGGCUGUCAGGCCUGCAAAGAAGGCUUGUACUCCCACACCAAGGAGUGCCGUGAAAGAUUCAAUGCUCUUCUUGACGAACAGGAACCCAAAAUAGUGGGUCACGGUGCUAAGGAUCUGACUGAGGCACCUAUUGACGGCGAAACCGAACCUUUGGUUGGGGGGGUGGAGCCAGCAGAACAAGUUGAAGUUUUGGAGGAUGACCACGAAGACUCAAAUGAUGUAGCCGGUCUCAUCAACAUUGCUCAUGGAUCACAGAUUUCCCGGGAAUCACAAGAAUUGGAAAAAGGAAAAGAGGUAGUAGCUGCCAUCUUGAUUGACGCGGCUGAAGAAGUUUUAGCACAUGAGGAGAAAGGGCUGUGGAUGGCCCAGCUUGUUUUGGCGUUGGUUCAUAAGCCACUAUCCAGAGAGGAGAUCAACCGGAGCCCAGAAGCCAAAAGGAAACUGCAAGAAGAAGCAGCUGAGUUCCGGAAGAUAGGGGUAUGGGAUGAAAACAAACUUUAUGAGGUUGACACUCUCAUUUCAGAAGCCCGGAAGAAUCAACAAAAGAUUCACAUUGCGGAGAUCAUGGGUAUUUGCCACAUUAAAGGGGCAGAACUCCCGGAAUCUCAGCAACAAAUGAAAGCUAGGAAAGCUGAGCGGGCGGCUGCUCAAGACUUGAAGCACAUCUGCCGCUGGCGCUGCUGGGCAUAG